AUGAAGACAUUGCUGAAUAUAGUAUUAUUUACAUUUCUUACUGCCGGGUUUUUCAGUGUUUCUGAAGCUUCCGAUAACUCUACAGAGUCACGACAGUCAUCAGGUUCAAGCGAUUUGAAGGAGCAGUUUGAACAUCUCGCUACGGCAGCUUUACCCGUUUUAAAGCUCCAAAACAACAAUCAGCUUUACGAUUAUCUUGUUGAAAUUGGGAAUAAUAAACAAGAAGUGGGUUUACGGCUAGACGUUGCACAUGGAGAAGUUUGGGUGCCAAAUUCAGAUUAUUUUCAGAGGUGUUACCAAACCACAAACAGCAAUACUGCAUCAUUGACCACGACUAUAGAUUCCUUUUCUUCCUUUAAUGUUCCCACUCCAAUAAUUUCCUCCAAUAAAACCCUUACAACGGUUACCUUGGAAGAUACUACAACGACUUCCGUGCUACCAACAUCUUUUACAAUCAAUAUGGUAGAUUCUGUCUAUGUUAGGUCAUGCGCAGGGUUUGGUGUAUACAGUAUGGUGGGCAAAUUUUUAGAUCUUUAUGACAAUCUAAUAGUUAACUUGGAAUACGCUACUCAAUUUAUUGGUUCCACCUUCACAAAGGUCUUAGUUUCAGGAAUUUGGGUUGUUGAUGAUUUCCUAAUGACAGUCAGGUACAAUAAUACGUUUGACUCCAUUAUAAUAAGCAAUGUCCCAUUUGUCAAUGCAAAUUUUUCGAGUGUUGGUGUAGGGGCUCUGGCAUUGGGUUCUUCUGUCAGUGAUUAUACAUAUGAACACAAUUUUAUCUCCAAUUUUGUUAAUUUGGGUUUGGUUAGUACUAACUCUUACUCGUUAGCUCUAAAUUCUAGAAACGGAAGUUCGCCGCAGUUGAUUUUAGGAGGUGUUAAUACAGAACAUAUUCAAAAGGGCAAUAGCUAUAACAUAAUGGCAGAAUUUGAUUUUGUCCCUGUCUUGGAUGAAAGUAAGGCAUACAUCACCACCAAUGAUGGUGUUACCAAUUCGAUUCCUGCAUUGCCGAUAUACGGUUGGGGUGUUACUGCAAAUGGAACAGGACAAAAAAUAUCAUUCUCUAACUCUUACAAUGACAGAAAUACAAUUGCCAAUUACCCAAAGCCCGCAAUCUUGGAAUCUCGUUACUUUUAUAACUAUAUUCCAUAUUCAACUUUGGUUGAAAUGGCUGUCGAACUCAAUGCAGUGUAUUCUUCAGAUAUGGACAGAUGGUUGGUUGAUUGUUCAGUGGGAGAUUCAGGUACAUUGGAUUUACAUUUAGGUAAUUACACCAUUAAUAUGCCAAUCUCGAAGUUCUUGUUUCCAGCCUCUUUUAAUGAUUCUAGUUUAAUCUUUGAAUCGGGUCAUGAUGCUUGCUUCCUUGCAUUUUUACCUGAUUUCUACCUUGGUUACUCAUUACUGGGUACCCCAUUACUGAAGAAUAUCUAUCUUGCCGUUGAUAACGAAAACAAAAAAUUGGCAGUGGGUGCAUAUCCGUAUUUAUUAGAGGAUAAUGACAUAUACAUAGAAGGAGAUGAUGAUAGUGGUGAUAACAGUAACCUUAUUGAAUCUGGUAACUCUACGGGGCUGCUAGAAAGAAGAGACGAUUACAAUCAAACUGAGUUCACAGAAACUCCUGAUAUCUCUAUAACAACAUUAUCCAACAGUGAGUAUUCUUUUGAUAUCACAGUCACAUCAAAGGUCACAAUUUCUUCCUCUGUCAUUAAAACUACAGCUACCAUACCUAUUGAUCAAAGAGUCACUGGAUUUACUGAAGCCAAACAUUUAUAUGAGAUCAAGUCAAAUACUAUUCCAUUUGCAAGUAAAUUUGCCACAGUAUCUGAUUUGACCUUGACCAUUCCACGGUCUGAAGUUUUCACGGAUUUGUUAGUCCACAAAACACAAGCUGUUAUAUCUAACGGUGAAAUUUACCUAGAGACCAACGCCAAUACGGGAAAAACAGCAUCCACCAAAGCUACUGCGCAGAGUGAGACAGGCAUAUAUGGUUUCACAUCUCUGGUUUCGAGCAUCAGGCCUGCAAAGCCAAGUUCAGCCGGUGCCUCUCUAAACAGGGUACCUUCUGUAGUCAAUUUCUUGCUCAGCAUGCUACAUCCUCUGAACGUUUUGAACAUAAGUGUUGUUGUUUAUAUGUUUGGUGUGGUUUUGGCCAUUGCUGUCGCCUUAUAA